AUGGCUUCCCUUAAGCAAUUUAUUCGAAAUGUCCGAUCAGCCAAGACCAUUGCCGAUGAGCGGGCAGUUAUUCAGAAGGAAAGCGCCGCCAUUCGAGCCUCGUUCCGUGAAGAGAGUCAUGACUCUGGCGUUCGGAGAAAUAAUGUGGCAAAGCUCCUAUAUCUAUUCACUCUCGGAGAGCGGACACACUUUGGUCAGAUCGAAUGCUUGAAGUUACUCGCCUCACACCGCUUUGCCGACAAGCGACUGGGAUAUCUAGGGACAAUGCUGUUGUUGGAUGAAAAUCAGGAGGUGCUGACACUAGUGACUAAUUCGCUGAAAAAUGACCUCAAUCAUUCCAACCAGUAUAUCGUCGGUCUCGCCCUAUGCGCCCUCGGCAAUAUCGCCUCUGACGAAAUGUCGCGUGAUCUCUUCCCCGAAGUCGAAUCUCUCAUGUCCACCGCAAACCCUUACAUUCGGCGGAAAGCAGCGAUCUGCGCCAUGCGAAUCUGUCGCAAGGUUCCAGACUUGUUCGAGCACUUCCUGGAAAAAGCCAAGACAUUGCUCUCAGACCGCAAUCACGGCGUUCUUCUCUGUGGUUUGACAUUCGUGACAGAUUUAUGCGAGGCAGAGGAGGAGGAGGAAGGUCCAGAGGGCGUGAUUGAGGCGUUCCGGCCGCUCGCCGGUGGGCUGGUGCGUUCUCUCAAAGGAUUGACCACUUCAGGAUAUGCCCCAGAGCACGAUGUGUCCGGAAUUACAGAUCCCUUCCUUCAAGUGAAGAUUCUCCGAUUCUUGCGGGUAUUAGCCCGAGGAGAUGCUGCUACCAGUGAAUUGAUCAACGAUAUUCUGGCCCAGGUAGCCACCAAUACUGACUCGUCGAAGAACGUGGGCAAUGCCAUCUUAUACGAAGCUGUGCUCACAAUCUUGGAUAUUGAAGCCGACUCUGGAUUGAGGGUCCUGGGUGUCAACAUCUUGGGUAAAUUCUUGUCUAACAAGGAUAACAAUAUCCGCUAUGUUGCAUUGAACACUCUUAACAAAGUUGUGGCCAUUGAGCCGAACGCGGUACAAAGGCAUCGCAAUACUAUUCUUGAGUGUUUGCGCGAUCCUGAUAUCAGCAUUCGCCGGCGAGCGCUCGAUCUCAGCUUCAUGUUGAUAAACGACCAAAAUGUUAGGGUGCUCGUGCGAGAAUUGCUUGCUUUCUUGGAGUCUGCCGACAACGAAUUUAAGCCGACAAUGACCACCCAGAUUGGUAUUGCAGCAGACCGAUUUGCCCCAAACAAGCGCUGGCACCUAGAUACCAUUCUUCGCGUUCUCAAGCUGGCUGGGAACUACGUCAAGGAGCAGAUUCUGUCAUCAUUUGUUCGUCUCAUUGCAACUUCCCCCGAGCUGCAGACCUAUGCCGUUCAAAAGCUUUACGCCUCCUUGAAGGAUGAUAUCUCUCAAGAGGGUCUGACGUUGGCUGCAACAUGGACCAUCGGUGAAUAUGCCGACAGCUUGUUGCAGGGUGGUCAGUACGAGGAAGAAGAAUUGGUCAAGGAGGUCAAGGAAAGCGACAUUGUCAAUCUAUUCACCAAUAUUCUCAACAGCACCUACGCUACCCAGAUUGUCGUUGAGUAUGUCAUCACUGCGUCCAUGAAGCUUACCGUGCGCAUGUCAGACCCCGCUCAGAUUGAACGCCUGCGACGCUUCCUCUCCGGUCGAACUGCCGACUUGAGCGUCGAGAUCCAGCAACGUGCCGUUGAAUACACCAACCUCUUUGCAUACGACCAGAUCCGUCGCGGUGUGCUCGAACGGAUGCCCGCACCCGAGAUUCGUGAAGAGCAACGUGUGCUGGGUGCACCUACCAAGAAGCGCCAGAGCAAGAUUCUGCGUGGUAAAUCCACCAAGGUUUCCAAACCUGCUGACAGCGAUUUGCUGCUAGACUUGAUGGGUGGCUCCGAUGCCCCCGUGACCAGUCCGACAUCCUCCGGUUCAAACACCGCCGAUCUGCUGGCAGAUAUCCUCGGCGGAGACUCAGGCAUCUCGUCGCCUGCCCCAACCCCCGCCGCUACCCAGAGCUCUGCCAUCAUGGAUAUGUUUGGAUCUAACAACGCAACAUCCACCCCUCAGCCUGUCCAAUCUUCCUCUGUCGGCCUGGACUUGCUAGGCGGUGGAAUGGGCGAAUCUGCGCUCUCACCUUCUGCCUCUCCCGCACCUGUUGCCACUUCGGCCCCUGCCCAUACUGUUUUCAGCAAAGAUGGCCUUGUGUUGAACCUGCAAGUUCAACGGAGCGGAACCAACGCCCAAAUCUUGGCUCGCUUCCGCAACGAGUCUAACUUGGAAAGAUUCACAAGUGUCGGUCUGCAGGCUGCUGUGCCCAAAAGCCAGCGCCUACAGCUGAGUGCUAUUACCAAGGCUGAUCUUGAUGCUGGUGAUGAAGGACUCCAAACACUGCGGAUCACGGCACUCAAUGGGGCUCUACCCCCCAAACUCCGCCUCCGCCUUCGUGUCACAUCUGCGCAGGAUCCUUCAAACCCAGUAACUGAUCAGGUCGACUGGACGGAAUCGUGA